AUGGAACAUCCCUCCUGUCGGGGCGCGGCCCCAGUGGAUCCUAGUAUGGACCGCGAUAGCUUCAUCCUCGAUAACAUGAAUGAGAACCGAAGAUCAUACCUCGACCCUAUCCAACAAGAUGCCGUCACAGAUGUCGAAUCAGGCACAACAACACCAUCAGCCAGUAUCCGAAAACAACAAGAUCUAUCUUACGAUAUCUACGAUCCCAAUCGGCCGAAGCUCAAGUUACGCCAACGUCUGAAGCAUUUCACCUGGGCCUGGUAUACUCUUCCGAUGAGCACCGGUGGUCUAUCCCUACUGCUAUACUCCCAACCACAUCAAUUUCCUGGUCUGAAACAAAUCGGUCUUGCCAUCUACAUUAUAAACUUAUUGAUCUUCACUUCCGUCAGCACCGCCAUGGUGUCUCGCUUCUUACUACACCAAGGAACCUUCGUCAAGUCAUUGACACAUCCUCGCGAAGGCUUCUUUGUGCCUACUUGUCUCUUGUCAAUAGCCACCAUCAUCACCAGCACCGACCGUUAUGCGAUCGCUAAAGAUAACGCUAACCUUGUCUGGGCGGUGCAAGCCUCCUUUUGGGGCUACGUGGUGGUCACUCUGCUUCUAGCUAUUGGGCAAUACAGCUAUGUCUUUGCAGCCCACAGCUUCUCACUGUCGACGAUGAUGCCUACUUGGAUCCUUCCCAUCUUCCCCAUUAUGCUUUCAGGCACCAUCGCGUCUGUCAUUGCAGAGACUCAACCCAACCUCGAUGCGUUGGCGAUCAUUGGCGCAGGACUCACCUGUCAAGGUCUCGGGCUUAGCGUUGCCGUUAUGAUGUACGCACACAUGAUCGGACGUUUGAUGCAAGCAGGUCUACCAAACCGAGAGCAUCGUCCAGGUCUCUUCAUGUGUGUCGGACCACCUGCCUUUACCGCCCUGGCCUUGAUCGGUAUGGCAAACGGUAUGCCUUCAGACUGGGACAUUCUGCAAGGCAACAGUGUCGGCGCAUUGGCUAUUAUUAAGUUGAUUGCUAUCAUGAGUGCUAUCUUCUUGUGGGCUCUUAGUCUCUGGUGGUUUGGUAUCGCUUUAGUCGCUGUUCUCCGAUCGCCGCCAAAAUACUUCCAUCUCGGUUGGUGGGCGAUGAUCUUCCCCAACACAGGCUUCACUCUGGCCACCAUCUCUAUUGCAAAAGCUCUUGAAAGCCCUGCCAUCGGCUGGGUGGCCACUGGUAUGAGCAUCGUUAUCAUCUGUGUUUUUAUCUUCGUUUUUGUUAGUCAUGUGAAGGCUGUCAUCACUCAGGACAUCAUGUACCCCGGGCGAGAUGAGGAUGUCGAGGACCAUUGA